AUGCUGCCUGCAGUAGGCUUCGUGCGUCUCGCUGCGAAGGAAUUCAUCCGCUGCGGGGCCCCUAGGCCUCUACAGGGCUCAGCAGCGAGGGGUUGUGGCAGUGCGUGUGCCAAGAGAGUUUGUUACAGUCCGAGUAAGUCUACUGCACCAGCAGCAGCAACAGCAGCAGCAUCAGCAGCAGCAGCAGUAGAAACAGCAGCAGCAGAUAUCAACGAGUUAAAUUGGGGAAUUUUUCAGCAGCACUUAUGCAGCUCAGCUGAAGAGAUAUGCUGCUGUAUACCCAGCAAAGGAAUCACAGGGGGGCGGUGGGUUUAUACUUGCACAGCUCCUCAUCAGUAUACACUAAGGGGCCAGCGGUAUCCACGGCUGGGAGAUAUACAAAUUCGGCUUUUCCAGGGGUUCUCUGCUGCUGCACAUACGCCCCUUGCCAGGGCCGUGCCGAGUAGAAACAGCAGCAGCAGCAGCAGCAGCAUCAGCAGCAGCAGAUGCAGCAGCAGAAGCAGCAGCACUUCGACCGAGUUUGGUGAGGUGUAUGGGCCUCGUUCUCGGGAGGCAGUUGCUGCUGCGCUUGCUGGGUUUUCUAGGGGUCUGCCUGGGGAUCGUGCUGCUCCUGCUGCAGCUGCUGCAGGUGCUGCUGCUGGAGGACGGCCGCCUCUGCUGUCUGCAACGCCGGCAGCAGUUGGGCACAUAAAGAAGUUGGUCAAGGAUUACAACGACGCCCUGCAGCAGCAGCAGCAGCAGCAGCAGAAGCAGCAGCAGCAGCAGCAGCGAGACGGGGAACCUCCCCUCAAGGCAACAGGGAUUCGUAUCAGCCUGCAACGACAGGGCUGCAGCGGCAUGGCGUACGACGUGACUCUGUGCACAGAGCGGCGGCCUGAGCGUAACGAAGCAUCUGCUGCAGCAGGUGGUGCUGCAGCAGGUGCUGCAGCAGCAGAUGCUGCUGCAGGAGGAUCUUCUCAAGCUUCUGGGGCUGCGAAGGUGCCGAGCCGCCGGGGUAGAAACUGGGGAGAAGACGAAGUAGUAAGGAUAGAUGGGGUAGAGAUCCGUGUUGCUGCAGAUGCCGUGAUGCUACUCAUCGGCACCCAAAUUGACUUUGUUGAUGAAGACGUACAAACAGGAUUCGUAUUCAACAACCCCAACCAAAAACAGUCCUGCGGUUGCGGCAAGAGCUUCAUGGUGUAG